GGUGCCGAUCUGUGGGGGAGAGCUUCGGGACGGAAGGGACAGUGGGUGGCCAUAGCCGAUCGCGACUUUCUGGUGUGACGAUUGCCAUGGAUGUUCGGGGAGGCGGGUUGUAUGGCGAAGAGUGCGAGGAUACGAUGUUGAUGGUGGCGUUUUUUAUCAUCCACUGGAUGAACAGACGCAACGCAGCCGCCAUGGCGGUCGUGGAGGCUGUUUCGGUGAUGCCAUUCCUGUCCCAAAACGUCUCCGCUGCGGUUGCACUACUCGCGGGGGGGACGUUGCAUGGUUUUGCUCUGGGGGCUUUGGCGGCUGAGAAGGUGGGAAGGAGAUUGGACCUUCGACGCCGUAUGUGGGUGGUGGAGUGCAGUGGCGGUGUGUGGAAAGACCUCCAGCAAGUGGGGGCUGAGCACGAUAAGGUGUUCACGCGGUUUUGCAGACUUCCACGCCCUCUCUUCUUGGAAGUUAUGGAUCGUAUCAGCCCGCAUAUCCAACGUUCGCCCACGAAUUUCAGAUUGUCGAUACCUGCCAGUCAGAAGUUUGCGUGCGCGAUGAUCAGGUGGGCGACCACCGGUUAUUACAGGCAGUCCUCCCAUGGAUUGGGCAUGGGCCUAGCGAGUGCUUUGCGCAGCAAUGUGGAAGUAGCCGACGCCAUCAUCGCAGAGUACGGACAUCUUCUGCGAUUCCGGACAGGACAACGACUGGAAGACGUACUUCACGGGUUCGAGAGGAAAGGCUUCCCCGGGUGUGUAGGCGCAAUAGAUUGCACUCAUUUGUAUAUCGAGAAGCCGAAGGGAGUGCAAUCAGAGUGCUUUUACCACCAUAUUGGGGGGGUUUCUGUUGUGGCGCAGUUCGUGUGCGACCACGAGUGUCAGAUCGUCAGUGUUUAUGUCAGCUGUCCGGGCUCUGUGCACGAUUCCAGAGCUCUACGUAUGUCGCCACUGUUUGAGAAUGCCACGGCAGGCAAAGGAGUGUUGGGUGAAGGAGGUGCGAUACUGCACGAUGGCAGACACAUCGGCUGGUAUUUGAUAGGUGAUCAAGGGUACCCGCUCCUCUCGUGGUUGAUGACACCAUUCGGCCGCUUUGCUAAAACGGCGGCGGAUCGGGCGUUCGAUGAGAGUCACAGUGCAGCAAGGUCGUGCAUCGAGCGGACAUUCGGGCUUCUGAAAGCCGUGUGGAGGAACUUCAUCCGACGACACAUUUGCAACCUGGCGACCAUCAUGAAGGAGUUCAUGGCCGUGUGUAUUCUACACAACCUUGUGAUAGAGCGCAACGUCCAAAUAGACCCGGCGUUGAUGGGAGAUAGCAGCAACAGCGAGGGGGGGGAUGGUGGUGACAGCAACCUUCGGCGACGACGGCGACGCCGUCGAUUCCACCGCCAUCUUGCAGACUUGAACAUUGAGGCCGUCCCUUUUGCCGACCCCACCUAUGGCGGUGACCUUGCGAAGCACGCCAUGGAGAGUUCGGUUGAACACGUACGUCACCACGUUGCAGUCCACGGCGCGCCGCCACCAUGCCCGUGGCGGUAGUGCGGCCGUGUUCGAUCGAAACGUUGUGUGAGAGUAGGCGGUGAUAGUGGGCAGCGCUUUCAAAUGCGGGGGGGUUGCGAAGGGAGGUCAUGGGCAGUAGAAGAGUGGGCGGGGGUGUACGUGAUGUGAGCGUCUUGCGGGCAUGGUGCCUUUUUUGCUCCCUGGAGACGUUUGUUUCAAGUGUUUUAAAAAUGACCCGCAUACAUUUCUGUUCCCUUAGGUUCUUCGAUGAGAAUGUGUUGUUGUUGUUGUUUUUUUUUUUUUAUCCAUCAUUGAAAUUCCCUUCUUCUCCUUGAUCGUGAAUCAUGUCGCCCUGCCCUAUCUAUCCUCUCUCUCUCUCUCUCUCUCUUGCAAAAUGUUGUUCAAUUGCAAAACGAAAAUAAUAAAUUGCAAGACACUGU